AUGGAUGCGAAGCCACAGCGUAUUCGUGUCCGCGGGGAUGAAAACAUGCCGCCCACCACCUUCCAGGCUGGCAAGACCAUUCACCAGCGCAAUAAGUCCACCCCGGCGUUGAGCGCCAUGGCCUUGAGUGUGAAGAAUGGUGCUCGUCGCGCGUUUGGUGACGUGAGUAACACCAAGGAUAUGACCCGUGCUAGCCGUGAUGACUCGGCUCUCGGAAAACCUGCCGCGAAGCAGGAUGUCAAGCCGGUCCUCUCCCAGCCUGCCCAACGGCCAAUGUCAAUGUCAGGUCUGAAAGGUGUUCUGAAUACUGUCACUGCAAAGCCGUCCAAUCCUGCUGGAAAGGCGCAGCCGACUGUGAAGAAUAAUAAUAAGCGCAACAAUGUCAUAUUCCGGGAUCAACUCGAACCUGUCGUCGAAAAACCAAUGACCAAAGAAACUGCCCCCGUCAAAGAAUCAUCCAAGGAAAACACCCACGAAGAAUGGAGACGCGAUCCCGCACGGACCGAAAGUGCCCCAACACAAAUCGACGCUGAUAAAGUUGCAUGGAUGGAGGAACAGAACCUCAAGGAGGAAGCCGCGCGUGAGGUAUAUAUCGACCAUGGCCGUACCUCUCCAGUCUACUCAGAUGCCACCAUCUCCGAUACAGAAGAGGCCAAGGAAGACCUGAAGGAUGAGGUCAAGAUUGAUCUGAAGCACGUUGCUGAAGUCACCCCGGAGCUUGAAGCUGAAGCAGAGGAGUGGGAGGAUGCAGAGGAAGACCACGCACCUGCUUUCCACUCGCGCACCGAGAACACUACUGGCGGCACGACCACCAUUAUUUACCCUAAGAUCACGGCAAUCACCAAGCGUGAGAUGCUGCGCGCAAAAGAGAUGGUCGAAUCCACUCGCACUGAGGAAGAUAUCCUGGAAGACUUCUAUGACUCCAGUAUGGUUGCGGAGUACAGCAGCGAGAUCUUUCUCCACUUGCGGACUAAGGAAAUUUCCAUGCUUCCCGCUGCUGACUACAUGACGAAUCAGGCCGAAAUCCAGUGGAGUAUGCGCUCCGUCCUCAUGGACUGGCUAGUCCAGGUGCACUUCCGCUUUGCCUUGCUGCCCGAGACUCUGUUCCUUUGUGUGAACUAUAUCGACCGCUUCCUCUCCCGCAAAAUUGUAUCUCUUGGAAAGCUGCAGCUGGUCGGUGCCACUGCCAUCUUCAUCGCCGCCAAGUAUGAAGAGAUCACUGCCCCCUCUGUCCAGGAGAUCGUCUAUAUGGUCGACGGUGGCUACACUGUCGACGAAAUCCUGAAGGCUGAGCGCUUCAUGCUUACUAUUCUCAACUUCGACCUUGGCUGGCCCGGUCCCAUGAGCUUCCUUCGUCGUAUUAGCAAGGCCGACGACUACGACCUUGAGACCCGUACUGUCGCCAAGUACUUCCUGGAGCUCACCAUCAUGGAUGAGCGUUUCGUUUCUACGCCUCCCAGCUUUGCCUCUGCCGGGGCUCACUGCCUGGCUCGACAAGUCUUGGGCAAGGGAUACUGGACACCCGCACACGCAUUUUACAGUGGUUACCUCUACGAGCAGCUUCUUCCCGUGAUGACUACCAUGAUGGAGUGUUGCGAAGACCCUCAGCGUCACCACCAGGCAAUUUUCGAAAAGUACUCUGAUCGCCGCUUCAAGCGUGCUUUCUCUCUACGUUGA